GAGAGAGAAGAUAAGAGAGAAGAUAGAACUAAAGUUCAUUUCUUUCUCUUCUCCAUCUGCUACUUCUUCACAAGCUCCUGUCUCCUCUCCUUUUCUCUGUUGUGAGUCCUCGAAUGCUGCAUGCAAGUCCUUUAACUCUCUUAUACUGUCCUGCUCGUAGUGGUGCUUAGAACUUGAUUUUGAGGUGUUUAGAUUGACCAGGGUUUCUAGUUUUCAUACCAGAUAGAUAUUGUUUUAGUUUUUUGUUUAGAGGUUAUAAAUGGGUUCUCUUAGAGGAAACGUUGAAGAGCCUAUCUCUCAGUCAUUACCUAGACAAAACUCUUUAUAUAGUUUAAAGCUCCAUGAGGUUCAAAACCACUUAGGAAGCUCCGCAAAACCAUUAGGAAGCAUGAACUUCGAUGAGCUUCUCAAGAAUGUCUGGUCUGCUGAAGCUACUAAUCAGCCACGAGAAGCAACAGAGGCAGGGCUCUCUCGUCAAGGCAGCUUGGCUUUGCCUCGAGGUCUCAGCAAGAAGACAGUUGAAGAGGUUUGGAGAGAAAUUCAACAUGACAAGAACGGAAGCAGUGGUAAUCCUCAUGGUGAGAGGAUAGAUAAUAAUAAUAAUAAUAAACAGCCUACACUUGGUGAAAUCACACUUGAGGACUUGUUGUUGAAAGCUGGUGUAGUGACUGAGACUGUACUCCCUCAAACUGUUGUUAAUGUAGCUUCAAAUGAGCCAUGGGUUCAGUAUCAUCAUCCUCAGCAUCAACAACAAGGGUUUAUGCCAUAUCCGGUUUGUGAGAUGCAAGAAAUGGUGUCACCAAUGAAUAUGAUGAUGGGUGAUGCACCACAAGCGCAUGGGAGGAAAAGAGUGGCUCCAUCAGGAGGAGAUAUUGUGGAGAGGGUUGUAGAGAGGAGGCAGAAGAGGAUGAUCAAGAACAGAGAAUCUGCUGCACGUUCAAGAGCUAGGAAGCAGGCUUAUACUCAUGAGUUAGAGAUCAAGGUUUCAAGCUUAGAAGAAGAAAACGAAAAACUUCGGAGGCUAAAGGAGGUGGAGAAGAUCCUGCCAAGUGAACCACCACCGGAUCCUAAGUGGAAGCUCAGGCGAACAAGCUCUGCUUCUUUCUGAUCUUAAGAGACUUUGGUUCUUUCUUGUUCUUCUUUAUGUUGGUUCUUACUAGAGAGAGAGACAGCUUUGUUUUUGUUCUUUGUAUAUUAUGUAAACUUUAUUGACUCAGAACAAUGUCUUAAAUUACAUUUCCUUUUGCUACUUGUUUAUAACUUCUUU